CUGUAGAAAAGCUAAGGUAUGAACCUUAUGCUAAUAAAAUAAGAGAUUUUCUUAUUUUUGAAACCCCGUGGACCCUCCUUGCUGGACGAUCUGUUUGCACGCAGUUUUGGUCGAAUCCUGAUCUCUUGUCGUGAUACCAAGCGUUGCACAUCAAUAACAUGAUACUUUGUUGCAAAACUUGAGCCGAGAGUUACAUCCAAAUCUCUUAAUAUAUCUUCUUCUAUUAUUCCUAUUUUUUGUGACGAGCGGAAGAGAAAUGGCAGAGGCUAUCGUCUCUGGUGUGGUGGCAAGGCUUGGUGAUUUGCUCUUACGAAAAGCAACAUCCUUGCACGGGGUGAGUAACCAAGUUGAACAGCUACAAGAUGCGCUCAAACAGAUCCAAAGUCUCCUAAAAGAUGCAGAUGCGAGGCAAAAUGAAAGUCAGAGUGUCCGCCAGUGGGUUGCAGAUAUGAGAGAUGUUGCUUAUGAUGCCGAAGAUAUUAUUGAGAGGUAUGCCCUCAAAGUUGGCUCCAGAAAGGGAGGAGGCAUACAGGAUGUCCUCAAGAGGUUUGCUUGCAUCUUGGGAGAAGCAAAAACUAGUUUCCAAACUAGCUCAGAGAUUGGUGAAAUAACGAGGAGAAUUUUUACGUUGAAGUCAAGUUUACAAGAUUAUGGCAUAAAACUUGAUUCGAUGGAUGGUGGUGGCCCGAGUUCUUUGAGUGAGAAGAUAAAAGAGCAAAGGCAAACUUAUGCGCAUGUUGAACAUGAUCAUGUUGUUGUUGGAUUGGAGGAUAACCUGAAGGAAGUGGUGGCAUGUUUGACAGAAGAGGUCAAAUACAAGUACAGAGUCGUUUCCAUAUGUGGUAUGGGCGGUCUUGGAAAGACUACUCUUGCUAGAAAGGUUUAUCAUCACAAAGAAGUCAAGAGUCACUUCAAAUGUCGUGCCUGGGUAUGUAUCUCUCAACAAUGUCAAAGAAGAGAUGUUUGGGAAGGAGUUAUGAUCAGUCUUACGAUCUCUCCAUCUAAAGAGCAGAGAGAUGAAAUUCGAAGCAUGACAGAUGCAGAGCUUACUGAGAAACUUUGUGAAGUUCAGCGCCAAAAUAAAUGUUUGGUGGUUCUAGAUGAUAUCUGGAAAGUUGAGCAGUGGAACAGUUUACGGGCUGCUUUCCAAAUGAAUGAUACAAACAGCAGAAUAUUACUUACCUCUCGUAAUGUAGACGUGGCUUUGCAAGUAGAUCCAAGGCGGGGCCACCUUCACGAAUUAAAGCUUCUAAACGAUGAAAGCAGCUGGGAAUUGCUUCAAAAUUUAGCAAUAUCAUGGAGAUCAGAAGAUAAUUCUAAUAUCAAGGAAGAAAUGAGAUUUUUAGGAAAAGAUAUGGUUAGCUAUUGUAAGGGUUUACCAUUGGCCGUCAUUGUAUUAGGAGGACUUUUGGCAACAAAGCAAACAUUAGAAGAGUGGGAACAAGUGCAUAGAAAUGUUAAAUCAUGCCUUCAUCAACAGAAAGAUCUUGGAAUAAGCAUGGUGUUAGCCUUAAGUUAUGAUGAUUUGCCUUCCCACUUGAAAUUGUGCUUCCUAUAUUUAGGCCAUUUCCCAGAGGAUUUUGAGAUACGGACUAAGGAGUUAAUUCAAAUGUGGAUGGCUGAAGGUCUUAUACUUCAAACUGGAAGUAACAAGGAAACACUGGAGGAUGUUGGAGAACAAUAUUUCAAGGAGCUAGUUCAAAGGUGUAUGGUACAAGUAGGAAAAAAGAGUUCAGUUGCAGGGAUCAAAACUUGUCGUCUCCAUGAUCUUAUGCGAGACUUUUGUGUGGAUAAAGCUAAAUCGGAAAACUUUCUACACAUCAUCAAUGUUAAUCAUGAGUCCAAUGAAGAAAUAGAAGCUUCCAUUGGUGAGGUUCGAAGAGCUGCUAUUAGCGGUAGAUCAAGUGAUCUCGGGAGACUUGGAUUUAUACUUCCAUCGACUUCCCAAAAAUAUUUUCACCUAAGGUCUCUUCUAACAUUCUUUAGGCCUCUGGAAAGUUGGAAAGAGAAAUCGAUGCUAAGGAAUUUCAAAUAUCUUAGAGUCUUGAAUUUUGUAACGACUGCUGAAUACAAUAGGGCCAGGGCCAUGGUAUCUCACUUCAACAAUGAUAAUGAUAGGAAGAGGGAUUUCCCCCCUGCAAUCAAAAGUCUCAUCCACUUGAGAUUCUUAUCUCUAAGGUCUACUAGUGUAAGAAUUAUCGCAUCUCUAAGAAAUUUGAAGUGCUUGCAAACACUAGAUUUGCGGACGACAAAUUGGCAAUUUAAUUUUCCAAAUGAUAUGUUUAGAAAUAUGGAGCACUUGCGGCAUCUGUAUCUACCUCAGUUUUCCAAAAUCAGGGGGAAGUUGCAACUACCUAAUGCUAGUAAACUGCAAACACUUGUGAAUAUUCCUGUUUUCAUAUGUGCUGUUGAAGAUCCAACAGUUGGAUUUGACGAGUUUGGAAAGAACUUAAUGCCUUCAAAUUUCACAUUCAAUUGUCUUCAUGUUCUUAAGAUCUCACAUCCAUUUAUUAGAAGGGAUAAGAGAGUGGAUAUAACACCAAUGGUAACGAGUUGUCCUCACAUAUAUCAGCUACGGCUUUUGGGGAGAAUAAAGAAAUUGCCAGAACACGACAAAAUUUCUCCACAUCUUGCCAAGUUAAGCUUAUUACACACUGAUCUUGAAGAAGACCCAAUGCUGAUUUUGGAGAAGUUUCCCAACAUAAAGAUUCUCUACCUUGGGAAUAAAUCCUACAUAGGGAAGAAGAUGAUGUGUUCUGUAAGAGGAUUUCCUCAACUUCAAUCUCUCAUACUUGCUCAUUUACCAAACUUAGAGGAGUGGGAGGUGGAGGAAGGAUCCAUGCCCAACCUCUACCAUUUGAAGAUUGUUUUUUGCGAGGAUCUCAGGAUGGUUCCAGAUGGACUUCAGUUUGUCGGUAACCUACAAAAAUUGGAAAUCGUACACAUGUACUCAUCAUUCGUAGCUAGACUUGACGAAGGAGGACAAGAUUUUUACAAAAUACGACACGUGCCUUCCCUCGAAGUUGAACAUACAAUGCCAGAAGAUGAUUGGCCAUGAGUUUGGCGAGAUCUGGCAUUAUAUAACGGGGGUGCUUGAAAAUUAAUUAAUUAAUUAAUUAUUUUUUUUUUUUAAGGAAGCUAGAAAAUUAAACUUAUUCUGUCUUUGAUGUUGUAAAUUAUGAUAUUUCCUAUGUUUGAGAAUAUUUGUGAAAAGAGGAUCAAUUUCUACUACUGGAAACUUUAUAUGUUCGUUGGAGUGAGGAACUGAAUUUAUUUCAAA